UCGCUUACAGCCAAAAACGUUUGAGUACACACAUUGAAAAUGAAAUAAGAUGCCAUGAAACGUUUGCCUUUUUAUUUUCUUUUAUCGGAUUGAAGAUGGUUUUGAAGAUUUUAAGUGCUCAAUAAACGUGAAAAAAACUAUAUAAUUGUAAAUAUGUCUGUGCACUAUAAAUUCAAAAGUACUCGAGACUUUGAUACAAUUACGUUUGAUGGAUUGCACAUUUCUGUGGGUGAUCUUAAAAAAGCAAUUAUACAUCAAAAGCGUUUAGGCAAAGUUACCGAUUUUGAUUUGCAAAUUACGAAUGCACAAACAAAAGAAGAAUAUGCCGAUGAUUCUGUACUUAUUCCCAAAAAUACGUCACUAGUGAUAGCGCGGAUUCCAUUAACUAAUGCUCAGAAAAAAUCAACUCAUCUAUAUACAGAAGCAGUUUUGCCCAAUAUUACAACUAAAGUAGAUGGCACCUCAUUAGAUUUGUCAAAAAUGACUGGAACCGAAGAAGAAAAAAUCCAAGAAAUGAUACAUCAAAGUACUGUUGAUUAUGAUCCGAAAAGUUACCAAAAAGUUCGAGGGCAAAACAUGAAUUCAGAAGUUCCUGCGUCAUACCGAUGUAAUAAGUGUAAAAAAGGAGGACAUUGGAUUAAAAAUUGUCCACUGAAUUCAAAUAAGGAACAUAUGGAGGUAGCUGUUAAGCGAAAUACUGGCAUACCAAAAUCUUUUCGCAACAAGGAGGAGAAAGCAAUAGAAGUUGAAGUGGAACCAAAAGUUACGGAGAAAAUCACACAUAUUCCAGAUGAUCUGAUAUGCAGUAUAUGUAAUGACAUAUUUGUGGACGCAGUUAUGAUACCAUGUUGUGGAAGUUCAUUUUGUGAUGAUUGUGUUCGCAGUGCUCUAUUAGAAUCCGAAGAUAACGAGUGUCCUGAUUGCAAAGAGAGAGGUUCUUCACCAGGUUCAUUGAUUCCGAAUCGAUUUUUGCGAAACUCGGUAAAUGCGUUUAAGAAUGAAUCUGGGUAUAAGGAUCCCGGAUCCAAAAAGUCAGUGAAAAAUAUUCCAGAACCUGUGAAAUCAAAUUCUCCGCCUCCAAAAUCUCCUGAGAAAGAAGAAACUGAUGAGCUCAUUAUUAAUAAAUCACCAGAUAGCAUAGAAACCCAUGACCCAACACCAGAGCAAAAUAAAGAGAAAGAAAUUUCAAAAGAAUUUACCAAGGAAUGUCAUGAUGAAGGAGAAUCGGAUUAUGAUGAUAAUAUAACUGUUACAAUGCCAACAAAUAAAAUGGAGAGUAAUUAUGUAAAAUUAGUUGAUCGUAAGGACCGUAGUCAGCGUAGUACUAGAACGCCGGAAAGUUCCAACAUUAAACAUUUACAGCCAUCCUAUAGCGAUUCACACAGAGAUGAAAAACAUUCAGAUUCUAACUCAUAUAAUCAUGCAGAGAGAAGAACAAAUACGCCUGGAGUAGAGAGUUAUAAGUAUGAAAAUGGUAGUCACAAUAAACAAACAAGUACACAUAAAUCGCAGGGAAAUAUAAUACAAAGUUAUGCUUACUCUAAGAAACCAGAGUAUUCAAUGCGAUCAAACAAUAUGACGGACAGGUAUCCGGGACCUCCUCACAGACUAAAUGCUUAUCAUCAAGUACCAACACAACCACCUCUUAUGAAUCCAGUAAUGGAACAAAUGGGUCCGUAUAAUAACAUGUAUAAUCAAAUGGGAGUACGUUCUGAUGCCCGUUAUCCUCAAUAUGGAAGACCAAUGUAUCCCAAUGUGAAUCCUAUGUGUAUGCCUAUUAGAAAUGAUGCUGAAAAUAUGCAGCACUCCGCGCCGUUAAUGAAUUUAGCUUCUGUAUACCAAGGAGUAGCUGCAAAAGUGGGUCCAGGAAUUAUUGAUGAUCCAUUGGAAGCUUUUAAUAGAAUAAUGAAAGAAAAAGAAAAAAGGAAACAAGAUAAUAGAAUGAUGGAUUUUAGACGGUCACGAUCUAUUGAACACCAACAUAAAGAUCAUCGUUUAUCGCCAUAUGAUCGUAAAGGGCGACAGCCUAUGCGAGAGAAAAGAGAACACUCGCGUGAUCAAGACCGUAGAUAUAAUAGAGUUAGAGAAAAGGAUACACGAUAUAGUCGGAGACGUUCAUACUCUUAUAGUGAUAGAAAUACAAGAUCCAGAUCUAAUUCAAGCCCAUCAUAUAAACGAAGAAAUGCUUCACCGAUGAAUAAACGAAGUUCACGUGAACGUGCAUAUGCUGAAGAAAAAUUCUUAAAGGGUGUUAGAAAUCGAUUACCCAGCAGAGAUGAUGAAUAUCGUCACAACAAUGCUAAGCAACAUUUUAGGAGAAGUCGUAGUCGUGAACGCUCCUAUAAUUACCAGCAUUCAAAACGGACUUCUAAUAAUCGCACAUCGCAAAAUAACACAAAAUCUGAUAAAUAUGUAAAGAGUGGUGUAUUAAGGCCCCUACACGAACGAUUAUCUAUGAGUCCGGAAUUUAAGAGGGAUAAUUCGUCACAUAAACUGGCGGAUAUGUUUCAAAACAGUUCGUUUGAAAGCAAUGAACCACCACCACCGGGUUUCGAACCACCAUCGCCUCUAUAUAAUAACGCAAAAUCGUAUGCUAAUCCAAACCUAAAUGACAGAACACCAGAACUACAGAAUGAUGAUAACUUACCUGAUUACAGAAAACAAGAUAUUCAUAUCUCCAAAAAGAGAAGGCAUUCACGCAGUCAAACACCCAAAACAAAUCUGUUUCGAAAAGUAGACGAGAAAGAGAAAACAGAUUUGAAAGAUGAAAUUGAUUCAAAAAAAACAAGAAAAGUAGAUGAUAGUUCCGAACAACUGAAAGGUAAAGAAGAAAAGGUAUUGGAAACAAAUAAAGGUCAUGAUAAUGUUCAUACUAUUGACAAAAAAGAAGUAUCAAAGUCUCACUCGCCAAAUCGUGACAUAAAAAAGGAAAAUUCUGAAACAAAUCAGUUAACUUUCCGUGAUGAAAAAACUGCUAAAUAUUUUGAAAAAGUAGAUGCAAAAAUUGAGGAAAAGGUCAAAGAAAAAAAGAAAAAGAAGAAGGAGAAAGGUCUUCGAAAAAAAUUAAAAAAAGAUAAAAAAUUUGAUGUAAAAAAGAAAGGUCAAAGAAAGUCUGUAAAUGAUUCUGAUUCUCAACAUGAUAAUUCUGGUUCAGAAAAAGAUGAAAAAUCUAAUAAUGAACGUGCAACAUUUUCACCGAUAAACAAUAAUUUACAACAAAAUAAACAGCUGGAACAAAUGAAUGAAACUGAAAAUAAAUUAAAGCAAGAUAAUAUUUCAAAAGAAAAAUAUGAUCAAAUUAAUCUCGAUAGGCAAAUAAUUGAGAGUGCUGUGGAAAAAGUACAUAAUAGCAAAGAACAAGUAGAAAGAUCAUUUUCACCGGAAAUUUCAAAGUUAGAUAAACAUAUAAGCCAUAAGGCCAGUACAGAUUUUGGAAAGACUAGUAGCUCUAUAAGAUCGUCUCCGAAGGAAUCGAUUAAAUUUAGUAACUCCAAAAGUGAAUUACAAAAUUUUCAAAUUACAGUACCAAAGAGCCAUGAUGGACGAUCCAUUGAUAUUAAAGAUGAAAAGAAAAUUAGAUCUUAUUCUCCAACUAUUAAAAAACCAAUUAUGGAAAGACUUGGUGAUAAAGUUACAGAAGAUAAGAGUGGUAGAAGUGCUACUAUAAUAAGAGUAAGUUAUUCAAAGGACAAAAAUUAUGAUAGAAUGAAAAAUGAAAAUUAUAGAGAUAGAUCAACUAAAAAGGAUCAAAGAAAUACUAUAAAUGAUAAAUUUAAAGAAAGAGAUAAUUUAGAUAAAUAUAAGGAGAGGGAUGCUAUAGAUAAGAAUAAAGAAAGAGAUAACUUGAGAGAUAAAGAAAGAGAUAACCUGAGAGAUAAAGAAAGAGAUAACGUGAGAGAUAAAGAAAGAGAUGUGCGCUAUCAUUCAAAUAAUUAUUCGGAAAGAGAAAGAUUAAAGUCUUCAGUAAAUGAAGUUGAUAAACGAUUUAAUAAUAGAAAAGAUACUGACGAUUGCAAAAGAUUUUAUGAUAAAUAUGACAGUAGGAAUUCUAAUCGUAAUGAAAAGAAAGAAGUAAAAUAUGAGAAUCCUUUUGCAACAAAAAAUAGAGAUUAUAAUAGAGACAGAAGAGAUUACUCUACAAAAUUUGAUAGAAAUAAUAAAAUGCAAAUACAAUUAGAGGAUUUAGACCAAACAAAAGGUUCUUGUUCAGGUUCUGAUUCUGAUGAAAGAAGGAAACGAAAACAUAAAACAAAAAAAGAUAAAAGUCGGCGUACAUCAUCGUCCGAAUCAACAUCAAGUGAAAGAAAGAAGAAUAUAAAAGUUAAAAAGCGAAGUAAGUCAGCGAAAAAAAAGAAAAAAAGCAAGAAAUAAGGAUCUAACGUUGAAAGAAAAUAAUUAUAUUUACAAAUUGUAAAUUUUGCUCCUUUAUAUAUGAUAUUUAUAAGAAAUUUAAUCGAAGUAGAAAUACAGCAAAAAAGAAAAAUGUAAUUAGAAAUAUAACUGUAUUAAAAAAAUGCGUUUGUAUUUUUAAAAUAUGUCAAUAUCAAGAAUAAAUACAUAAUG